AUGGGCAAGCCAAUGCCUCCGAAGCCUUUGCCAGGCGUGUACAGAGAUGAUCCAAACCGCGAUGACGCUGCUUCAACCUCUUCGGCUGUUCUCAUGGAUGACAUGGACUACCCUGACUCCGACCUGCCUGCAUACGAAGAUGUCCCAGCAACACCAAGACCUACACUAGCUCGCAACCAGGAGGCACAAUCAUAUCUUAUCCACCCAACACUGCCAGCCUCGCACAUCUCCCGGGAUGAAACGACAACGACGACCCACUGGCCGCUCUACAGCCAGGACGCCACGUUCCUCACAGAAAUGCUGAAAGACGAAGCGAAAUACCCUCCUACAUUCACUGCUCGGAUGGUGGGCACACACUCCGAAACGACAAGGAAGAAGGACAGCAAAGAGAAGGUCACAGUCACGGAUUUCGACGUGCGCCUCGACAUGACACACCUCCUCAUCCCAGGUCCGAAUACCCCAGCUAGCCUAGUACGGCAAGACUUGGACGUCCCCUUACCUCAAUCCAAGGCCCAUCGCGGCAACCGGACCCAAAGCGACUGCCCUCAGGAGUCGGCCCCGGACGCAAACACCUACAUCCAAUCCUACAUCUCCUCUCCCUUCUCCGUGCGCUCCUUCACUCUCGACCGGCGCAUCGUGUACCAUGAUUCUACCGCCCUCGAAGCCUUCAUCACUUCCCUGGUCGGCUCGACCAACUACCGCGGCCACCUGAAAGUCACGUUUCCUAUUACGCACAACCGCGUCACGGUCUACAGUCCCUGCUGGCAGAACGACUACCGCGAGAAGUUAUGGCUACGGUGGAUGUUCUACCUCACAUUCCUCUGGAUCAUCAGUUGGCCGUACCUAUGGUUCAUGACACGCCGCUGGGAGGUAGUCACGGCCGUAUUCCCGUACAGCUGUGCGCCGGAAUGUGGAAACAGGCAAUUUGUCACGAAGAGCGAGGAGGCCUUCUACAAGCAGUGGAAGAGUAGCAUAAGACGCGCGGUGGUGGGCAAGAAGCAGGGGUGGAUUGAUGAGGAAUACAAGCUUGCAACCGAGGAAGCAAUAUCGCAAGCUGGGCCGGAUGGACUGAGUAGGAUACCCAGUACGGGCAAUGCGACAGCGGAUGGGGCGUUGGGAUUCUUGCGGCAGGCUGUCAAUGCGGGGCGGGAUGUUGCUAUGGCUGGGGGUUGGGGUGCGGACAGCUGGUAG